GCCGCCACACUAGGCGUGUAUCUCGUUUGGCUUUUGAUCCGUUCACCAUCGUUACCCAGACGCCGAAUAAACGUUGACGAAUCUCCAAACAAAAGCUAAGAUACUCUCGCAAUCUACUUUCUUUAUAUUUGCUUGUGAGGUGAAAUCUACAUCGACAUGGCAGGUCUCGACGUGGAGGCGCUCUUGGACGCUACAGCAAGAAGCGCUGAAGAGUACAAGGCCCGAAGCCAGGGCGAAGAGCGUGCUAGAGAAGAUAGCCGUGAACGCCGCGAUCGUGAUUCUGAGAGAGAGCGCCGUGACAGCAGUAGAACCCGCGAACGAGAAAGAGACCGUGACUAUGACAGACGCCACCGAGACAGCCGACGCGGAACACCAGAUGGCGGCACCCCCCGCAGCGAGACGGGAAGCCACAGGAGCAGGCGAAGAAGCAGAAGCCGCGACGAUGAUCGCCGUUCAUCGCGCCGUCACAGAGAUGGCGACUACUAUAGAAGUGGUCGCCGCUCCCGCUCGAGGUCUCCCCGUAGAGAUCGUAGAGAUGACCGCGACAGACGAGAUCGCCGCGAUCGUGAUCGGGACCGUUCUGACCGUCACUAUGACAGUGGCCGUGGCAGAGACGAUGACCGCCGCGACUCUCGCCGUGAUGGCACCCCGCCUCCCACCGAAGAUGAACGUGAUCGCAGGACCAUCUUUGUCCAGCAGCUUGCGGCUCGUCUGCGCACCCGCGAACUGAAGGCCUUCUUUGAAAAAGUCGGACCAGUCGUGGAGGCUCAGAUUGUCAAAGACCGUAUUAGCCAGAGAUCCAAAGGUGUCGGUUAUGUCGAAUUCAAAGACGAAGAAUCCGUCGCUCAGGCCCUACAGCUCACUGGUCAAAAACUACUAGGCAUUCCCGUUAUUGUUCAAGUAACAGAAGCUGAAAAGAACCGACAAGCUAGAAAUACCGAAUCCAGCGGAUCGCACCCUAACCAGGUACCCUUCCACCGCCUCUAUGUUGGUAACAUUCAUUUCAACGUCACCGAGCAAGAUUUGCAGGCCGUUUUCGAACCCUUUGGAGAACUCGAAUUUGUGCAGUUGCAACGUGAUGACACUGGCCGCAGUAGGGGAUACGGUUUUGUCCAAUUCAACGAUGCUUCCCAAGCACGAGACGCUUUAGAAAAGAUGAACGGCUUUGAUCUGGCCGGACGCCCCAUCCGAGUCGGUCUCGGCAACGAUAAGUUCACCCCCGACAGCAGCAGCAUGAUUCAGAAACAAGGAAACCAAAACUCCAACUUCCAGGGCUCUUCGUUUUCCGGCUCUGGAGGCCGUGGACAACAGUCGACAUUUGACCGCGCCGGCGGCAGAGAUAACGAAAAGAACGGCGGCGCCAGCGCGCUGGACGAUACCGAUGUUGGCGGUGUCAACUUUAACAAUUAUAGUCGCGAUGCUUUGAUGCGCAAACUUGCACGAACCGAUGAGCCCAGCAACGCUGCUGAAGAACGACAACUUUUGAAGCCCAAGACGGAGAGUAAGCCAUUGCCUGUCAAUGUUAACAUGGCCAGUCGCUGCGUUGUCCUGCACAACAUGUUUGAUCCGAAAGAGGAGGAAGGUGAAAACUGGGUCAAGGAGCUUGAAGAUGACGUGCGACAGGAAGCCGAGCGCCAGUACGGACAUGUCGUCCACAUUUCUGUUGACCCGAAUUCCGAAGGCGACAUCUACCUCAAGUUUGAUAAGGUCCAAGGAGGAGAAAACGCUAUCAAGGGUCUCAACGGUCGCUACUUUGGUGGCCGUAUGAUUGACGCUUCGCCCGUCGUCGACGCUGUCUACAGCAGUUUGUUCUCACGCACAAGGGCCAUUUAAGUGCUAAUCUCGACCUGCCGAUACCUUUAGGACGCCUUCUACUAGGUUACCUUUCUGCCACGAUUCGGCAUUCAAAGAAACUUUCUAGGAUCGAGCCUCGCAAAGAGAACCCCACAUGCGAAAGCAAAAGAAAAACCAGGGCUAUAUACAUCCAGGUCUACAGCAGACAGACUCUUACCGUUUUCUAGAUUCUGGCAAACGCAACGCAACGCACCUUACAAGUCCACAAUCGGAACUGAGCGCCGCUGCAAGAGUUACUCUCUCGGCUGUGAGCUCGAGCUCACAUCAACAUCACCUUUCAGGGUUUGCGUUCAUCUCACCCUGCCACCACAUGCUGAUUUUUGUACCCUAGGACCACCGUUACUGCCCUAGUGGCAUCAAUGGGCUUUGUAUCCUGGUAGACAUGUCAUUCCCAAACCUGUAUUCCUCCUUUUUUUGAUUUUGACGCCACAUAGUAAUUGCUAGUCCAAAGAAUAUACAAUACAAUGUUUUGAG